AUGUCCAGGGUAGCCCUCGAUGGGGGUAGGGCUUUGUAUUUUCUCACAUCUGCGUUUACCAAAUCCACACUUUUUGCAACCAUCAUCACCAUCACAUUCACAUUCACAUUCACAACCACCACCAUCGCCAUCACCACCACCAAAAUGCAGCCCGAAAGGCCAAAUCUCGAUGGCGUCAUGGCGCUCAUGCGCCAGUGGAUGGACCAGGACAAUAGUCCUGGUCUAAAUAUUGUUAUCCAGAGUUUCCCUGGUCAGCAGGGUGAGCCAAUCGAUCCCAACAACCUGGAGGGAUGGGCCAAUGAGGACGACCCUUUGCCCGCCUCCCCCUCUUCCGAUUCCCUCGCCUCUGCCUCCUCCGCCUCCUCCUCCAGCAGCAGCAGCAGCGACAGCAGCGACAGUAGCGACAGUAGCGACGGCGGCGACAGUAGCGACAGCAGUAGCAACGUGUCCUCCGAGGAGGAAGGGGAGCAAUCCCAAAACUAG